AUGGAGCAGGGCUACGGAGGCUAUGGGGCGUGGAGUGCUGGAGCUGCCAACACCCAGGGUGCAUAUGGAAGUGGUGUGGCCAGUUGGCAAGGUUAUGAGAACUACAACUACUAUGGGUCCCAGAACUCCAGUGUGAGUGCUGGAGCAACGUACAACUAUGGGCCAGCUUCGUGGGAGGCCGCCAAGACCAGCGAUGGCAGCCUGGCGGCUGCUGGCCCCACCAUACACAUGGCCUCCUAUGGCCCAGGUCCAGACCCAGGCCCCGACAACUCAGACUCCCUCAUCGCCAAGAUCAACCAGCGCCUGGAUAUGCUGUCCAAGGAAGGGAGCCGGGGGACUGGUGGCAGCGGGGAGGGCACCCAGGACCGAGAGAGCUCCUUUCGCUUCCAGGCCUUCGAGUCCUACGACUCCAGGGCCUGCCUGCCUGACCACAACCCCUACCACUCUGGCUAUGGCUAUGAAUAUGACCUGGGCACAGACCGCAACGGCAGCUUCGGCAACCAAUAUAGCGACCCUCGGGACCCUGGCCGGGAGCGAGGCACCAUUGACGGCUAUGUGCGGGGCCGGGGCCAAGGCCAGGGACGUUUCCAGGAUCGGGGCAACCCUGGCACCUUCAUGCGCAGUGACCCCUUCCUGCCGCAGCCCCCAGCUUCCUCGGAGCCCCUGUCUGCUCCCUGGGGCGAGAUGAACUACGGGGCUGGCCGCGGCCUUAGUGGCCCCACCCCCAGCAGGCCAGCGCCUCCACCGCCACCGCCCCUCUUCUCCCAGCCUCUGACCCCCGACUUCAGCAUGAUGGGCAUGCCGGGGGCAGGUGGCUUCAACAGUACCAUGCCAUAUGGCUGUGGCCGAGCCCAGGCCCGGAUCAGGGACCGGCCCCGGUGGCGAGGGUUUGAGCACUGUGGCCCUGAUGGCCCCGGCAGGAAGCGGCGUGUGCCUCAGGCUUAUGAGGAGCCAGAUGCUAAGCAACCCCGGGCAGACAGCGAGGGUGAUUUUUCCGACAAUGAUGAUGGAGCUGGUGACUUCCGGUCGGGAGAUGAAGAAUUCCGGGCUGAGGAUGACUUUGGCGAGUCCUGGAGGCAGAGAGGCGAGAAGGACGAUGAGGAUGAGGAGCUGAAAAAGCGAAGAGAGAAGCAGAGAAGAAGAGACAGGAUGCGGGACCGAGCUGCUGACAGGAUCCAGUUUGCCUGUUCUGUGUGCAAGUUCCGCAGCUUUGAGGAUGAGGAGAUCCAGAAACACCUGCAGAGCAAAUUUCACAAGGAGACUCUGCGCUUCAUCAGCACCAAGCUGCCGGACCGGACAGUCGAGUUCCUCCAGGAAUACAUCGUAAACAGGAACAAGAAGAUAGAGAAGCGACGUCAGGAAAUGAUGGAAAAGGAGAAUGGCAAACCCAAGCCGGAUCCUUUCAAAGGCAUAGGCCAGGAGCACUUCUUCAAGCGGAUUGAGGCUGCCCACUGCCUGGCCUGUGACAUGCUUAUCCCUGCUCGGCACCAACUGCUACAGCGACACCUUCAUUCCCCGGACCACAACCACAACCGCCGAUUGGCUGCUGAACAGUUCAAGAAAACGAGUCUCCACGUGGCCAAGAGUGUUUUGAACAACCGACACAUCGUGAAGAUGCUGGAAAAAUACCUCAGGGGCGAGGACCCUUUCACCAAUGAAGCUGUUGAUCCAGAAGCUGAAGGGGAGGACAGUCUAGGUGGUGAUGAUAAGAAGGAGACGCCUGAGGAGGUGGCUGCAGAAGUCUUAGCCGAGGUCAUCACAGCAGCUGUGAAGGCUGUGGAUGGGGACGGAGCAGCUCCAGAGAGCAGUGAGGGACCAGCUGCAGUGGAAGGCCUCAUGGACACAGCUGAGGCCAGUGGAGGGCCCCUCCCUGAACAGCCGGCAGCCGAUGGGACAGCCUGUGGAGCAGCUGAGGAGGAAAACCCCAGUGGAGCGGUGGAAGCCUCAGCAACAGGAGCCACAGAGGCAGAAAACCCUGGAACCGACCCCAUUCCUGACCAACAUACUGGAGAAAGCCAAGUGGAACAGACUGAUGCCAAUCCCAAGGAAUGA